AUGUUGAUAAAUAUAAAAAGCAUCUUAUGGAUGUGCUCUAUCUUUGUAGCAACCCGUGCACUGCAUAAAGUCAAAGUGGAAAAAAAUCCUCCUGUUAAGGGCUCCCUCUCUGGAAAAGUCAGCCUACCUUGUCAUUUUUCAACUCUGCCAACCUUACCACCAAGUUACAACACAACCAAUGAAUUUCUUCGAAUCAAAUGGUCUAAGAUUGAAGUGGACAAAAGUGGAAAGGAUUUAAAGGAGACUACGGUUCUAGUGGCCCAAAAUGGAAACAUCAAGAUUGGCCAGGGCUACAAAGGGAGAGUGUCUGUGCCUACGCAUCCGGAAGACGUGGGCGAUGCCUCACUUACCAUGGUCAAGCUGCGUGCAAGUGACGCGGGCCUUUACCGCUGCGAUGUCAUGUACGGGAUUGAAGACACACAAGACACCGUGUCGUUGGCAGUGGAUGGGGUUGUGUUUCACUAUCGAGCUGCGACCAGCAGGUACACUCUGAAUUUUGAGGCUGCAAAGAAGACUUGUGUGGAUAUUGGUGCAGUCAUAGCAAACCCAGAGCAGCUCAGUGCCGCCUAUGAAGAUGGAUUUGAGCAGUGUGACGCAGGCUGGCUAUCUGACCAGACUGUUAGAUAUCCCAUUCGGACACCCCGAGAAGGCUGUUAUGGAGAUAUGAUGGGGAAGGAAGGAGUUAGGACCUACGGAUUUCGUUCUCCUCUUGAAACUUACGAUGUGUAUUGUUAUGUGGAUCAUCUGGAUGGUGAUGUGUACCACAUCACUGCUCCCAAUAAGUUUACCUUUAAGGAAGCUGAAGAAGAGUGUGAAGCCCAGGACGCCAGGCUGGCGACAGUGGGGGAACUCCAUGCCGCUUGGAGGAACGGCUUUGACCAGUGCGAUUACGGUUGGCUGUCAGACUCCAGUGUGCGCCACCCUGUGACUGUGGCCAGGAUCCAGUGUGGAGGUGGUUUACUUGGGGUGAGAACCCUGUAUCGUUUUGAGAACCAGACAGGCUUCCCUACCCCUGAUAGCAGAUUUGAUGCCUACUGCUUUAAACCUAAACAGAAUGUAUCAGAGGCUACAACCAUUGAAUUGACUAUCCUCGCAGAAACUGCAUCACCCAGUUUAUCCAAGGAACCACAAAUAGUACCUGACAGAACUACGCCGAUCAUGCCUUUAAUCACUGCAUUAUCUGUCAUUACAACAAAGUUCUCUUCUGUGGAAAAUAUAGUCAAUUUUGAACAGAAAGGUCCAGUUCAAUCUCAGACUGUUACAGACAAAUUAGCCACGGAAUCAGCCACACCUUCUGGAAGUACCAAGAAGCCAUGGGAUAUGGAUUACUUGCCUUCUGCUGCAGGACCACUUGAGAAACCAGAUAUGUCUGAAAUCAAGGAAGACGUGCCCAAAAGUACAACUGUUAUCUCCCAUCAUACUACGGAUUCAUGGGAUGAUGUCACGGAAGAUACAAAAACACAAGAAUCAGUUACACAAAUUGAACAAAUAGAAGUGGGUCCCUUUGUAACAUCUGUGGAAAUCUCAAAGCACACUCCUUCCAAGGAAUUUUCUGCAACUGAAAUACCAUUUCUAUCCACAAGAAUGACCAUGGAAUCCAAAACUGAAAAGAAAACAGUAAGCCCUAUCUCUGAAUCAGUGACCACAAACCUCUAUGGAUUCACCUUGGGGAAUGAUGAUGGUGAAGACAGAACACUUACAGUUAGACCUGGUCAUAGCACCUUCAUCUUUAGCCAAAUACCUGACGUUAUUACAGUGUCAAAGACUUCAGAAGACAUCACUCACACUCAACUAGAGGAAUCAGAGUCAAUCUCAGCUUCCACACUUGUUACAUCUGUUACCAUGCCUGAUAAUGAUGGCUCAUCUAUGGACGACAGGCAAGAGAAACAAACUACUGGUAGGACAACUGAGGAUUCUUGGGACCAGCAUGUAUCUACCACACCUUUUUCACCACAGCAUCAGACAGAAGUAGAAUUGUUUCCUUUUCCUGGUGAUAAAAGAUUAACAGAGGAAAUACCAACAGUUAUUUAUUCCUCUCUAGAAACAGAAAUGGCACAAGGAAGAGAAAGAAUAGUAACACAAAGGCCAGCUAUGAGAACAGAUACAUAUACCAAUGAUGAAAUACAGGCAAAAAUCACCAAAGAUCCAUUUAUAGGAAAAACAGAGGAAGAAUUCUCUGGAAUGGAGGUCUCUACAGCAUCCUCAGAGCAAAUUCAUCCUACAGAGUCUUCUGUGGAAAUAACCAAAUCUUUUGAGUCUCCAGCAUUAACAACAACAAAGCCAAGUGUGCAGCCAACAGAAGAAAGAGCUAGAGAAGAAGAAUUUGCAACAACUCCGGUUGGCGAUCAAGAUACUACCAAGUAUGAUGAGGGUAUUACAACAGUGCAUUUGACUCACAGUACUUUAAGUGUAGAGGUGGUCACUGUAUCAAAAUGGUCAUGGGAUGAAGAUAAUAUAACAUCAAAGCCUUCAGAGUCUACAGACCAUGAAGUCUCUCCAAAACUGCCCACUGUAGGAGGGAAUGGAAAGGAUGAAGAAAUCCCAAGAUUCACUGAACAUGGAGAUGAAUUUACUCUCAUUCCAGAUAGUACUCAAAAGCCAUUAGAGGAGAUUACUGAGGAAUAUUUAACAGACCGUGGAAAAUUCACAGCUAGAUUUCAGCCAACUACAUCAAUUAGUACUGCAGAAAAGUCAACUUUGAGAGAUUCUACAACUGAAGAAGGAGUUCCAUCUAUCUCAAGAACUGAAAGCAAAGUUGUUUAUGCAACCACAGAAGGAAGUGCUUUGGACGAAGAAGUAGAUGUGGACAUCUCUAAGCCAGUGUCUACUGUUCCCCAAUUUACACACACUUCAGAUGGAGAAGGAUUGGCAUUUGUUAAUUUUAGUAGCACCCAGCAGCCUACUACUUAUGUAGACAUUUCCCAUACCAUUCCUCUUUCUAUAAUUCCUAAGAAAGAAUGGGAAGUUUUGGUACAGUUUGUUCCAUCAGAAGGAGAAUUACUAGGUGAGCCCUCUCAAGACAUACGUGUCAUUGAUGAGACUCACCUGGAAGCAACUAUUUCUCCUGAAAUCUUAAGAACAACAACAGAAAUCACACAGGGAACAACUCAGGAAGAAGUUCCUUGGAAAGAACAGACUGCGGAGCAACCGGUUCCAGCUCCCAGUUCUACGGCUGAAAUACUCAAGGAGGCAACAGUAUCACUGGAUGAACAAGAGAGUGAUGGAUCAGCAUAUCCAAUCCCAGAAGAGAAAUUGGUGACAGGUUCUGAAAGAGUCCCCAUUUUAGAAACAACUCCAGUUGGAAAAAUUGAGCACAGUGUGUCUUAUCCACCUUGUCCUAUAACUGAGCACAAAGUGAAAAUGGAUGAAAUGGUAACACUAACACCAAGUGUGGGAACAAAGAUAUCUUUAAGUCCAAGGCCUGACCAAAAAUAUGAAGCAGAAAGUAGUAGUUCAACGGAAUUUGAAUCACCUUUGAGUCCUUUCAGCACCCAUGUUACCCGGCUGAUAGAAGAAACCACUACUGAGAAGAGAGAGAAAACAUCCCUAGAUUAUAUUGAUUUAGGCUCGGGAUUAUUUGAAAGGCCUAAAGUUACAGAACACUCGGAAUUUUCAACAAUUAAAACUACAGUUCCGAGUGAUAUUACUACUAUGUUUAGUUCAGUAGACAAAUUUCAUACAACUUCAGCAUCUGUGCCCUCUUCAACAUCCACUGAAAAACCACCUCUCAUUGACAGGGAACCUGGUGAGGAAACAACCAGUGACAUGGUAAUUAUUGGAGAAUCAACAUCUCGCUUUCUUCCCACUACCCCUGAUGAUAUUGUAGCUAAGGAAACGGAAACCGAAAUUGAUAGAGAAUAUUUCACGACUGCAAGUACUUCUACACAGCCAACAAAACCACCUACUGUGGAAAGCAAAGAGCCCUUCAGACCUCAGGCAGUUUCCACUCCAGAACCCCCGCUGGGGACAAAAUUCCACUCUGACAUAAAUGUUUAUGUUAUUGAGGUCAGAGAAAACAAGACAGGUCGAAUGAGUGAUUUGAGUGUAAUUGGUCAUCCAAUAGAUUCAGAAUCUAAAGAAGAAGAACCUUGUAGUGAAGAAACAGAUCCAGAGCAUGAUCUAAUUGCUGAAAUUUUACCUGAAUUAAUUGAAAUAGAUAUAUACCACAGUGAAGAAGAUGAAGAGGAAGACGAAGACUGUGCAAAUGCUACUGACGUAACAACCACCCCAUCAGUGCAGUACAUAAAUGGGAAGCAUCUAGUCACCACUGUGCCCAAGGACCAAGAAGCUGCAGAAGCUAGGCGUGGCCAGUUUGAGAGUGUUGCACCUUCUCAAAAAAUUUCAGACAGCAGUGAAAGUGAUAGUCAUCAGUUUGUAAUAGCUGAAACUGAAUUGUCUACUGUAGUGCAACUAAAUGAAUCUAAAGAAUCUGAAUCACUUGAAAUUACAUGGAAGCCUGAGACUUACUCUGAAACGCCAGAACACUUUUCAAGUGGUGAGCAUGGUGUUUUCCCCACAGUUCAAUUCCAUGAGGGAGAAGCCACAGAGGGGCCAGACUCAGUCACAGAGAGAGGUCUUGAACUUGAUAAUCUGGUGCCUAAUGAUACUGAAUCAGUACCUCUGUUUCCUGAAGAAUCUUCAGGAAAUGAUGCCAUUGACCAAGAAUCUCAGAAAAUAGUCUUUUCAAGGCCUACAGAAGUAACAUUUAGUGAGGAGGCAGAAAAAAGUACUUCUAUCACAUAUACUCCAAGCAUAGUUCCAAGUUCUGUGUCAGCAAAUGUUUCAGAAGAAGAAUCAGUUACCCCAACAGGACAUCCACAGCCUGAAGAUGCAUUCUCCACCAUAGAAAGCUGGGUAGAAGUAACGCCUAGACACGUUGGAGAGCUCUUAGGGACUCCUUCCUCAAUUCCGAUGCCAGAAGGCUCUGGGGAAGGAGAAGAAGAUAAAAAUAAAAUGUUCACUGUGGUAGCUGAUUUAUCACAGAGAAAUACUACAAAUACACAAGGUACUUUAGAUACUAGCAAGAUAAUGAUCACAGAAAGUCUGUUUGAUGUUCCUGUAACCACCAGUUAUUCUGUUUCUGAACAACCUUCUGCAGAAAUAGUGCCUAUCAAACUUAUAAGUGAAACAGACACAUCCGAAGGGGUUUUCAGUACAUCUCUUGAGGAAAAGAAAAGGAAAGAUGAGGAGGAGGAAACUCCAGGUACAGCUUCUACAAUUGAGAAAGAUUCACCCACACAGAGAUCAGAUCAAUUAAUUUUACCCUCUGAAUUAGAGAGUUCAAAUGAAACUACAUUUAGUGAUUCAGCUUCUACUACUGGGAAAAGUAUUACAUCCUUGACAACAUCCACACAGUCUGAAAGGGAAAUGACAAGUUUUACUCUCUUUACAGAAACAAAUGUUUUAGGCAAUUUGGGGGCACAGGUCACUGAGCACAGCACUAGUCAUCAAGCUGAGGUUCAGAAAGGGCUGACCACUGUUCCAGGUAGCCCUGUCUCUCUCUUUACGGAGCAGAGCUCUGGAGACGCUGCUGUUCAUCCAGAAACCACCACUGUUUCUUCAUUUUCAUUAAAUUUAGAAUCUGAUAUUCAAACCAAAAAGGAAGCAGCUAGUACUUUGUCUUCCCUUGUGGAAAAUACAUUCCCUUUCGAUCCAACAGAAUUUAUUUUGAGUACUGCAGUGGAUAGACAAGUUGCUGAAAUCAUGAGCCAAACAUCCAAGGAAAACUUGAUUUCAGAGAUAUCAGGAGAGCCAAGUCAUGGGGCAGAAAUAAAGGGUUUUCCUACAGAUUUUCCUUUGGAGGAAGAUUUCAGUGGUGAAUUUAGAGAAUACUUGACAGUAUCUCCUCCCAUAACAAAAGAAGAAACAAAAAUAAUGGAAGGCUCUGGAGAUACAACAUUUAUGGAUACUGAAACCUCACCCUCUGCAGUACCUACUUCAGAUCACGUUACUCGCAUGCCUGACUCGGAAAGACCUAGUAACACCAUGGUCAGCACUUCAGCUUUCCCUUGGGAAGAGUUCACAGCCUCAGCCGAGGGCUCAGGAGAGCAACUGGUCUCAAUCAGCAGUUCUGUUGAUCAAGUGCUUCCCAGUGUCAUGGGAAAAGUUUCUGGUACAGAGUCCCCGUUUACUGACCAAGGCUUGGGAGAAAUGGGAGCUAUCACUGAAGCUGAUAAGAGACUCACGAUUUUACCAACAGCAGAAGCUGAAGGUAUGGAAUCUCCAACAGAAAAGGGGGACGUAAUGGUUGGUGGCACAGUUUCAGUGGACUUUCCUCAAACUUUGGAGCCAGCCACAUUAUGGUCCAGUCAAGAAGUCAACCUUGUAAGACAAGAAAUUGAAAAUAAAACAACAUCAGAGGAAAAGAUUAAAGAACAAAUGUCUUUUGAAUCUCCCCAACGCUCUGUUACACCAGAACAAACAAUUUUUGAUUCACAAAUGUCUUCUGAAACUGAGCUCCUAACAACAGAUUAUUCUAUACUAACAACAAAGAAAACUUACAGUUAUGCCAAUGAAAUGGAGGAGGAAGUCAUUCCCUUAUUACACAUGUCUACUCCAGAUCCAGAUACAAAGGGCUUGGAAGGCUUGGAACCAUACACUGCUGUCCCUGAGGUUACUGAGAAGUCACACGUUUUCUUAGCUACCGGUUCAGUAACUGAAUCUGUACCAUCUGAAAGUAUAGUUACAGAUUCAUCAAUCAAAGAGGAGGAAAGUAUAAAACCCUUUCCCAAAGAUGUGACACCAACCAUUAAAGAGUCAGAUACUGAUCUCUUACUCUCUGGACUGGGAUCAGGAGAAGAAGUUUUACCUACUCUAGCUACAGUGUCAGUGAAUUUUACUGAAAUGGAACAAAUCAUUAGCACAUUACAUCCCCAGACCUCUCGAGUGGAAAGUUUAGAAACAAGGGUCUCAAGUGAUGAAACUGAAGACUAUGAGGGGAUGGAAAAUGUAACAAAUGAAGUUAUACCACUCAUUUCCAAAACCGCUAGUACCCCUAAAAGUAGCCAAACAACAUCCAGCUCCACCAUGAUGGGAAUUUCAAGUGAUACCAGAGCAGAAGGACCCACUGUGGCACCUCUCUCCUUUCCCACAGACGCUGAACAUCCUCAAAAUCAGACUCUUAGUUGGGCAGAAGAACUCCAGACUACUAGAGCACAAACUGUGACUGAACAAGUCUCCAACAAGAAUUCUUCAACAGCAGAAACUAAAGAAACAGUAACCUCAUCUGGUGUUCUGGCUAGAACUUAUGGUCUUGAAAUGGCCAAAGGAUUUGUUACAUCACCACCAAAACCAUCUGAAUUGUUUUAUGAACAUUCUGGAGAAGGAUCUGGGGAAUUAGGUAUUGUUGAUUUAGUCCACACUUCUGAAACGACUCAGGCAACCAGGCAAGGAAGCACCACAUUUGUUUCGAAUAGAUUCCUGGAAAAACAUCCUGAGGCUUCCAGUGCUAAAGCUGUUACUGAUGAUGGAUUCCCAACAGUUUCAGUAGUGCUUUCCCUUCAUUCAGAGCAGAAUGAAAGCUCCCCUCAGCCAACUAGUGCACCAUCAACUACAAUGCUCUAUGAGAGGUCCACAGAGGGUGCUACAGGUAGUUUCUCAGAUAGUUUCAGAGGAUUCGAGGAUUCCACCUUAAAGCCUGACAGAAGAAAAGCCACAGAAAAUAUUAUCAUAGACCUUGACAAAGAGGACAAGGAUUUAAUAUUGACAAUUACAGAGAGUACCAUCCUGGAAAUUCUACCUGAGCUGACAUCAGAUAAGAAUACUAUCAUAGAUAUCGAUCACACUAAACCUGUAUAUGAAGACAUCCUUGGAAUGCAAACGGACACAGAUCCAGAAGUACAAGCAGGACCACAUGGCAGUAAUGAAGAAAGCUCUCAAGUUCAAGAAGAGUAUGGUGCAGCUGUUAACCUUUCUUUAACUGAAGAAAAACUGGAGGGUUCUGGUGGUGACACUCUUCUGGCUAGCUAUACUCAGGCAACACACAGUGAAUCAAUGACUUCUGAAGACAGGAGCCAAUUAGAUCACAUGGGUUUUAUCUUCACAACUGGGAUCCCUAUCCCUAGCACAGAAACAGAAUUAGAUAUUUCACUUCCCACAGCAGCAUCCCUGCCCAUUCCUAGUCAAUCCACCACUGUAAAUCCAGACAUUGAAGAGCCCAAAACUGAAGCGAAAACCCUGGAUGACAUCUUUGAAUCAAGCACUUUGUCUGAUGGUCAAGCGAUCGCAGACCAAAGUGAAAUAAUAUCAACGCUGGGCCAUUUGGAAAGGACACAGGAGGAAUAUGAAGAAAAGAAAUAUGUAGGCCCUUCAUUUCAGCCAGAAUUCUCUUCAGGAGCUGAGGAAGCAUUGAUAGAUCAUACGCCCUAUGUAAGUAUUGGUACAAUCCAUCUUAUGGCUCAGAGGUUAACAGAGGCUCCCACUGUGAUGGAAGGAUCCAACCCCCCAGGCUAUACUGAUACAACAUUAGCACCUUCAGCAUUUGCAAAGUUGUCUUCUCAGACACCAUCAUCUCUAGUCACUGUGUACUUAGGCAGUAGAGCCUCUGAACACACAGAGGAUCUUGAGCCAAGUGCUCUGCCAGGUACAGAUGUGGGAGCAACUCAAGUGUCCUCAGGAGAUUCUGCCAAGGAAGCUUAUGAAAAUACUGAAGCAACUUUCAAACCAUCACUUGAAAAAUACUUUCACAUAACUGAGCCUCCAUCCUUAUCUCCUAACACAGAAUUAGAACUUUCAGAAGAUGAAAGUAAACCUAAGUCAUUAAAAGAAAUGGAAGCUUCUCCCUCAGAACUAAUUGCUGAGGAAAGAUUUGAGGUUCACCAAAAGUCCAGAAACAAAACCGAUGUUCAGCUUUCUGGAGAAACAAUCAAGGAGUUUCUCAGUGUUAGAACGCCUGAAGCUGGAACUGUUGUCACAGCUGCAGGUGAAAUUAAGUUAGAAGGUGCUUCACAAUGGCCACAUUCCACUUCUGCUCCUGCAAUUCACGGGGUCAAGACAGGUGUGGUGCCUCAGCCCAGCCCACAAACUUCUGAGAAGCCCACAAUUCCUUCUUCUCUGGAAAUAAACCCUGAAACACAAGCAGCUUUAAUCAGAGGGGAGUAUUCCACAGUAACAGCAUCAGAACAGCAAGUGUCGGCGAUAAUUCUUGAUUCCAAUACUCAGGCAACAGUAAGCACAGCGGAGUUAAAUACUGAGCUAGCAACACCAUCAUUUUCCCUUUUGGGACCUUCUAACGAAAGUGAUUUCCUGAUUGGCAUUAAUGAAGAAUCAGUGGAAGGCACAGCAGUCUAUUUACCAGGAGCUGAUCGUUGCAAAAUGAACCCGUGCCUUAAUGGAGGCACCUGUUAUCCUACUGACACUUCCUAUGUAUGCACCUGUGUGCCAGGAUACAGUGGAGACCAAUGUGAACUUGAUUUUGAUGAGUGCCAUUCAAACCCCUGUCGGAAUGGGGCCACAUGCAUUGACGGUUUUAAUACGUUUACAUGUCUCUGCCUUCCAAGCUAUGUUGGUGCACUUUGUGAACAAGACACUGAGACAUGUGACUAUGGCUGGCACAAGUUCCAAGGGCAGUGCUACAAAUACUUCGCCCAUCGACGCACAUGGGAUGCCGCUGAACGGGAAUGCCGUCUUCAGGGUGCUCAUCUCACAAGCAUCCUGUCUCACGAAGAACAGAUAUUCGUGAAUCGUGUGGGCCAUGAUUAUCAGUGGAUAGGCCUCAAUGACAAGAUGUUUGAGCACGACUUCCGUUGGACUGAUGGUAGCACACUGCAAUACGAGAACUGGAGGCCCAACCAGCCAGACAGCUUCUUUUCUUCUGGUGAAGAUUGUGUUGUCAUCAUCUGGCAUGAGAACGGCCAGUGGAAUGAUGUUCCCUGCAAUUAUCAUCUCACUUAUACCUGCAAGAAAGGAACAGUUGCUUGCGGCCAGCCCCCUGUUGUAGAAAAUGCCAAGACCUUUGGAAAGAUGAAACCUCGUUAUGAAAUCAACUCCCUGAUUAGAUAUCACUGCAAAGAUGGUUUCAUUCAGCGCCACCUUCCAACCAUCCGGUGCCUAGGAAAUGGAAGAUGGGCUCUGCCUAAAAUUACCUGCAUGAACCCAUCUGCAUACCAAAGGACUUAUUCUAAGAAAUACUUUAAAAAUUCCUCAUCAGCAAAGGACAAUUCAAUAAAUUCAUCAAAACACGAUCAUCGUUGGAGUCGAAGGUGGCAGGAGUCGAGGCGCUGAUCCCUAAAAUGGCGAACAUAUGUUUUCAUCAUUUCAGCCAAAGUCCUAACUUCCUGUGCCUUUCCUAUCACCUCGAGAAGUAUUAGCAGUUGUCUGGAGUUCUUGGACCACCAUCCAAUCGUUUAGGGUUGCCGUGCUUCCCAAACAUUUUAAAUGAACGUAUUGGCAUUCAACAAGAAAGCAAACAAAAUGAAAGAAAAUGAGGGCAGAAAAUAACCAUUUCCAGCCUAUCUAAUUUCUUUAGUUUUCUAUUUGCCUCCGGUGCAGACCAUUUUAUAAUGUAUACCAGCCUACUGUACUAUUUAAAAAGCUCAAUUUCAGCACCAAUGGUAAUGUAAAUAAGAUGAUUUAAUGUUGAUUUUAAUCCUGUAUAUAAAAUAAAAAGUCACACUGAGGUCAGGCAUAUUUAAUGAUGAUUAUGGAGCCUUAGAGGUUUUUAAUCAUUGGUUCGGCUGCUUUUAUGUAGUUUGUUUAGGCUGGAAAUCGUUUCACUUGCCCUUUAUAUUUCAACAAGACUGAGGACAGCUUUUCCUGGACAACUAACAGACAUGCAGUCUUGUAGGUCACUGCACCCAUCGCAGCGAAAGGUGCGGUUUGCUUCCAUGCAAUGUGGCUAAUGGGCUCCUGAUGGAACUAGGGACUGCAAUAUGGAACUCUUUUUUGCUGCAUUCCUUUUUCUUCACUUACAAGAAAGGCCUGAAUGGAGGACUUUUCUUUGGCCAAGAGCAUUUUUUUUAGGGGUCAAAGUGCUAAUUAUUAACUCAGCCAGGUCUACUUUUUAAUGGCUUUCACAACACUAACUCGCAAUGUUACAGAUCAAUGCAUUUCAACUGGAUAGAGACCUAGGGCGCUGGAGGGUGGGGGAUUGUUAAAACAACAACACAUGCAAACAAAGAAAUUUUGUAUAUAUAACCAUUUUAAUCUUUUAUAAAGUUUUGAAUGUUUAUGUAUGAAUGCUGCAGCUGUGAAGCAUACAUAAAUAAAUGAAGUAAGCCAUACUGAUUUAAUUUAUUGGAUGUUAUUUUCUCCAAGACCUGACAAUUGACAUAGUAUGCUAGUUAUUUUUCAGUGUUAGCUUUUAUACUUCCCUCACAUGGUUUAGAACCAUAUAAUAUAGGUACUUUGUCCCUGAUUGAAUAAUGUGAUGGAUAGAACGCAUCAAGUGUUUCUUACAAAAAGAGUGGAGAAGUGUAUAGCUUUCAGCAAAUGGUGUUUGCCCAGUCUAAGCAAGGACCGUGUAUCUAGAGAUAGUAUUGACAUUUCUUUCCAUUAGGUGGAGUGUGUGUUGAACGUUCUCCCUAUUUCUUCCCACUCCAUUUCUCCCCUUUAUUUGAAUAAAGUAACUGCUGAAGAUGACUUUGAAUCAUUAUGCAGUUAAAUUAAUGUUUAAAGAAAAAUCUGUAAUGGAAAGAAGGCAUUUAGGAAUCUUUCCCUAAUUUAAGUUGGAGCGACCUUGAGAAGGGUAACAAUACAUAAAACAGAAAAAGAGCAAAGGCGUUGGGCUCAGUAUUGAUUCUUCUUCAUGAAACCUCCUUUAGCUUAGAAGGAACAACAGUAGCUACAAUCAUACGCAGUGUCUUUACGCAAGUUUGCUUGGUUGCUGCAUCAUAUGUAAUCCCACCUUUAAGUGUUCUAGAGCGCAGAACAACACUGUGUCAACCUAAUAGGUUUUAAUUUUUUUCCUCUUCCAUUACAAUGCACAUAAUACUUUCCUGUAUUUAUAUUAUAACUUGUAUAGUGUGAAAUGUGAAUGACUGUGGUUUUUUUUUUUUUUUGUGAAUGAAAAUCUAAAAUCUUUGUAACUUUUAUAUCUGCCUUUUGUUUUCACCAAAGAAACCUAAAAUCCUUCUUUUACUAUACUAUGACUGGUCUGGUUAUUUACAACUUUAAAAUAUGAAUGUGCAACAACAUGUCUACAUUCUAGUUGUAUCGCAGAGAACAAAUUGCUGGCUUGGACGAAAUGAUUUUAUGUUAGCAGAGAGAUGAUUAUAUCUGUACCUGAAAUGAGGAGUGAAAAAUUGAGGCAGUAAUUCUGAUAAUGUUUUCAUCUCCAUACCUAUGCAUUAAUCUUAAAUGUGAAAUAAACAUACAUAAAGUGGUAGCUCACAUUUACAGAAUGCUUCCUAUGCAUUAUGUGCAUUAUCUUACAAGCCUACGAAAAAGGUGUUGUAACUGUCUGCCAGAGAGGGAUCAGGCAAAGAGGACUCAAGUCAUUUGUCCAAAGCCACAUAGCCACUGUGUGGUGGACAGAGGUAAUCUGACCCCAGAGCCUGCGUAAUAUUCUCAAAAAAUAUAUAAAAUAUUAUGUUCUUGAUUUUUAUACAUUUAGGAGUUUAAGUCAACUGUCUAGAUCAUACCUAAAGAAUUACUAGAAGAUGUAAAAAACAUCAAGUUCCCAUCUAUCCAGAUAUCCAUCCAUUCCUUCAUUUCUCAUUCAUUCACUGUUUAUUAAGUACUCAUCUGUGUGCCAGGCACUGAGAUUCAGCAAUGAAUGAGCCAGGCAGGUCUCUUCCCACAUAAAGUUUUUAUGCUGGGUGCAUCCCACAGGAAUUAUCUUAGAGACCAUCCUCUUCAAUAGCUUUAUUGCUAAUCUGGAAAAACAAACCCAUUAUGUUCUGCAGUUGUGUAGAAGAUAUCAUAAGGACAAAGGUAAGUUGAAGAUUAUUUUAAGGUUUUUUCCUCAGAAUGUAAAAAACGUACGGGAAAUUGGACAACAAUAGAUGCAGAAGAGAUUCUUUUCCUUCCUGAUCUGCCUUUUAGUGUGCAGUCUGUCAUAUCUUUUACACAGAGCUUUAAAUGGAAAUGACCCAAGGGGUAUACAAGAAUUUGUAUUACUUACACGCAUUUACACCCUUAAUAGAUGUUUAUAAAUCCAUCAAAUAUUUAUUGAGUCAGGUGCUAAUGAUGGAAUCUUUGGGAGGUUUCAUGACCCAGAGUAGUGGGACAGAAUAAAAAAUUUAAGGACGCUUGCACCACUCAAAGUCAGCAAGAGAUGAUUUUCCAUCCAUUUCUAAAGGCCAGGUGGCAUGUCAAAGAGAAGAAUGUGCCCCUGUCAUAGGGAGCUAUUGAAGAAGAUGGGGUUUUCUACGGUAGCUGAGCUGAAAAAGAGGUAAGAUAGAUUGUAUAGGGAUGGAUACAUCAUUUUAAUGUGAUAGUAAGUAGACUUUUGUUGAUCUUAAAUGAAUUUUCAAUAUAGUGCAAGGAAUAAGAACUAGAUUAGCAAUGGGCUGUUUUUCCAGAGAGAGUCGCUGCGUGGUGCAAACGGUUAACAUACUUGGCUGCUAACCGCAGGUUAGAGGUUCGAGUCCAUACAGAGGCACCUUGGAAGGAAAGUCUGGCAAUCUGCUUCUGACUAUCAGCCACUGAAAACCCUAUGGAGCACAGUUCUACUCUGACACACAUGGGGUUGCCAUGAGUUGAAAUCCACUCAACGGCAACUUGUAUGUGUGUAUUUGUCCAGAAAUAUACAUCAUGUGCAAUAAACUUCUGAAGUUUGGAAAUGAACUGAGAGAAGAAAUGGAUUGAAAAAAGAUUCAGAGUUGAUUUUGUGCAUGACCUCUGCAUGAUGGUGUCCCAAGAAAACAAUUUACAAGAGAAGACAUAUUCUAAAGGCAAAAGAUGCUAUUAUAAAGAAUCUAAAGACUCAGUGAUGACUUUAACAUUUUUCAAUGUGUAUCCUUUUACAUUCUCUAACAUUACAAGUGCAGUUACAUGGUUUUUGAAGAAAAAGGCCCACAGUGAUGGGUUAGCAUUGACGUAUGUGCAUCCUUCUUUUUACCGUGCUACAACUUUCAUUUGCUAAACAAACUGGAAUUCACCCAAGUGAUUCUAAAACAAAGUCUAAACAGAAAUUUUAUAAAGGUCCUUGAAUGAGUCAUUCAAGAUUGUAUAAUCUUUUCCCAUUAUUACUCAUUUCUGUAUGUUUGGAUCCCAGCUGGAUAAGAAAGAGCAAAUGCCAAAAUAGAACAAUGAUGGGUUUUGUUGAGGUGUUUACAGAAUAAGCAAAGCCUGGAUUUUCAAUGGAAUUUAAUUCAGAGUUCUGUUUGACUCAAUCAAAUGAUCUCUGCCAAAGACUGAAAGUUUACGACCUUAAGGCAGUAGUCUCAAAUGAAUUUUGAUAGUGUUUGCUCUAAAAUGAAUUUGAAAAAUUAUGGACUCCUCAUAUUUUAAGUUGUUAAAUAGAAUUUCUCAUCAUAAAUUUAAGUAAUUGCAAAGAAUAUUAUUUGUGACACAUUUUAAAUAUUGACAUUCUGAAAUAAAAAAAUUAACGCUACUCUGUUAGAUAUGUUCAGUGAACAUAUUGAAUCUAAAUACCAUAGUGGUUUGAUAACCACCAUCAGCCUUUUAGAAAAUACUUGAAGAAAAAUAGUCUUUUUUAACAGUCAGAAUUUACAUUUUUCCUUUCUUAUCUUUGGACUUGUUUUUCUCAUUUCAGUUGCCGUUAUAGAAUUUUAUCCAAAUUUAUGCAUUUAUAUGCUUAUAAGUCUUCUAUUGAUUAAGCUAUAAAACAUAUAUACAUCAAAAUUUGUAUUUGAAAAUUAAAACCUUUUUUUUCUUGUGAACAUAAAGCUAUAAAAAUUAAAAAUCAUCUCCGGGAUUGAGUUAUCAUUAUAAUCUGCCUAAUAUACAACUGAUCAAAACAUUGUAAAUAUAUUACAAAAUUUGAAAGAAAAUUAUUAAAAUUGUAAAAUGUUAUUAGAAAUGUAUCUCAAUGGGAUGGUUAGGGCUGUUGUUCCUAAUUUAUGUUCUCAUGGGUGAAUAUUAAAAUUAGAAUAUGACAUGGGUUAGCAUCAAUUCUAUUCUUAUUUUCUUUUUAUAGAUUCAAGCACAGAGAAAAAGUGUUCACAUAAAUAAGUAAAUGGAAAUGAUAACUUUAUUGUAAUGCUACUAAUUAUUUUUGCUCUUUCUGAAUUAUAUGCCAAAAUUCACAUAGUGAUCUAUUAACUCCUACCAGGCAGCCAUCUCCACAUAGUUCUGUCCGCCUCCUGGUUCCAGUGCUAUUCUCUCACCUUGUCCCUUUGGUCUAGGGUGGUAAGAGCUCUUUACUAUUACUGGCCCUGGGGUACUGCAUUAUUCCUUGUGAUUUCCUUAAGCUGCCACACUUUUGUAAAUAGUCCCUUUAUUAAACUCUCUUUGAUUUAUCCAAUUUGAUGAUAUCAUCUGUCUCCUGCUGGAUUCCUGACUGAUAAAAUGUUCGUAGGUGCAUUUCUUCAGGAAAAUUAUGAAAGAAACCCAGUUCAUAUCAAUUGUAGGAUGGGUAUGCUACAUUACAGUCUGGAAGCCUCCAAACUGGUUCUCUUGGGUUUUUUUCAUGGGGUUUUCUGUGUGCCUUUUAUGAGGUUAUAGCUUCAGGUUCUUUCUCACAACUGCUAAAUAUUAAACAUGUAAUUGUUGCAACCAGCCAUUUUUCUGCCUCAGCAAUGCAUAAAUAUGGCCACACAGCAGACUGGUGAGUCCUGAGGCUGUGUUCUCUGGCUUCAGUUUCCAAAAUAAAACAUGAUCUUGCUCAGCAUGAGAUCACAAUCAAGUUCUGUUUUCAAUGCUUGUUUUAUAAUUAGGGGCAAAGAAUAGAGUAGGGGUCAAGUUAUAUGCGUGUAUAGCAAGUUUCCCUGAGACUGAACUUCAGUGUGCUUGGAACUUUAUGGCCAUCACGGGAGGUGUGGGAGAGGAAGGAAGGGAAGGGAGACUACUAUGUUAAAACUGCCAGCAAAUUUUGUUUCUCGAAAUAGAAGUUUUCCUUCAUCUUUCACAGAAGCUUUUUUUUUACCCUUUGUUUUUGAAAUAGUCAUUCUAACGGACCUGUAAGUUACACAGCUAUAAGCUCAACUCCAACUUUGGAAACAGUAAAAGAAAGAGCUGAGCUUCUUUGCAUUAGAAAGUAAAUGUUCUCUCCUCGUAUGAAAUUCUGUAUCUUUGAGAUUAAACUUUUUUCUUUAAGAGCAUUUCUGUUUAUUUUUUCUGGGAGUCUUGAUUCCGAGAGCGGAAAAUUGGCUGAAAGUCCUUCUUGUGGUGGGGAGGUAAGCUAGUUCCAGCAACAUGGUGGGAGAUGUGCUGAAAUCAAGAGAACUCCCCAGUACAGAUUUGUGGAGGGGCCUGUAAACCCUGGAAGUUGUCCAAUAGUUUGCACCUUUUUAAAGUGCUGCUUAGCUGUGUUAUAAUUCUCUACUGUUUCUCAAGUCUUCUGAAUAUUUUGUUAAAUAUUGAGUAAUGUCUUAGUUGUGCUUUCAGAAUUAAGAGAGGGACCAUGCCUUUGCUAGGAUAGGGCAGAAAGGUAGAGAGAGCAGUAUCAGUCUUAGGAAACCAGGUACAAAAUGGUGGAAUGGGGUCUCCAGUCAUACACCUGGUACCAGAGGACUGGCUGAGGUCAAAGUGACAUGCAAGAUGGAUUUAUGGAAUAGGGAAGCAUUCCUUUAGAGAAUGUGCCAGAAAUAUUUCAGGAAAGAAGACCUCUAAAAUUCUUAAUUUUUUUUUUUUUGGUUUAGUAACAAUGUGGUCUUGGGAGUAUCAUUUUAGCACUAAAGGGAAGUAUAACAUCUUAAAACCAAAUUUGGGAAUAUCUAUGCUACAUAGGCUUUCUUAUAAGUAAUAUUUUCAUUGCUUAAUAUGUUAUAAUAUUUUGAAUUUUAACUUUAAGUCUCCUUAAAAUAUGAGGUAAAUUACUAAAUACUUUCAUUCUGUAUAUGGAUAUUUAAGGCAAAUAGAAUAUUUUGGAAUUUAAAAUUAAUAUAAUAAGUAAAAAGAAAAAAGUAUCUAGCAAAAGAAAUGGAAGAAAAUCAAAGAAAACCAAUAAAGUAGAUGAGAAUAAUACAAUAAUAUUGGAAUUUGGAUGGGGAUUUAUGGAGGGAAAAAGACUUGCCAGGAUUCUAGAAGCGGCACUAAUCUAGGUUUGGCCAAGCGAUGUCCUUGAAAACAGGCAUUGGGAUUUGGUGAUGCUCUGAUCAUGAAAGGAGGAAAUUAAGUAUAACAUUUAGCAUGCAGAGCUGAGGAAUAUAGAAAUACUAAAAAGCAUUCAUGCUAAAAACAGAAGACAAUUUACAUGGAAAACCAAGAAAUAUUUGAAACUCACUAUGAAUAGGGCGAUUGUCAGUGAGAGGCUUGGGAUUUUCUGAUUGUAUAGGAUGAAAAAAAUUGGAAUUUUUAAAGUUAAAUGAGGGUUUGAAAACAAAAAUAAAGGUCUUACCCACCCACAAAGGAGGAGAUUCAGGACGGAGACCAGGCCCAAGGAUGAGAGAUGCUGAAAUAGCUGAGAAUGAAUGGUCCACUGUGCUAAUACUUGAAAAUGUGCCUCCUUGGCUGAAAGUAGCAUGGGCAAUUAGUGUUUACUGAAUCAUUACCUGAAUCACAAUUCUCUCUAUUAGACACCCUGAAAGCACUUUUUGAUGUUUGUCAAAUUAUGUCAUUGCUCUUUUGUUGCUGUUAUUAAUUUAUUACUUAAGUAAUACGUGUUUAUUGUAAAUGUGUUGGAAAACACAGAAAA